ACACUGGUUAGGUUAGCCCUAACCUGUCACCAUCCUGCUUAUAUUCUGGAACCAUCUUCUGCUCUCUCGUGAAGAAGAGGAAGAACGCAGAGGGUAAAGCAGAGCGAGAGAGAGAGAGAGAGAGAGAGAGAGAGAAUGAUGGGAGAAGGGAUACACCACAAUCUGAUGGUCGACGUGCCUCCAUGGUCGAUGUCCGACGAUCAACUUACACCUAGCAGUUUGGGUGGUUGUGUGGCUGGUGAUUACUUACUGAGCGACGCCGUGAUGGCCUCGCUUCAGCGUUAUCUGCCCUCCAACGAAGCGGCGGACAUGGACGAUGCCGCCGAUCUCGCUGAUCCGCCCAUCGAUGCGUACUCCUGUGAUGAGUUUCGUAUGUACGAGUUCAAAAUCCGGCGAUGUGCUCGCGGUCGAUCUCACGAUUGGACCGAGUGCCCGUAUGCUCAUCCUGGCGAAAAGGCUCGCCGCCGUGAUCCGAAGAUCUACCUCUAUUCGGGCACGGCGUGCCCUGAUUUUCGCAAGGGGAACUGUAAGAGGGGCGACGCCUGUGAGUACGCUCACGGUGUGUUUGAGUGUUGGCUUCACCCGUCUAGGUACCGAACCCAACCCUGCAAGGACGGUACGGCAUGUCGCCGCCGUGUGUGCUUCUUCGCUCACACGCCGGAGCAGCUUCGUGUUCUGCCGUCACCGCAGAAACAGAGCCCGCGGGCUGUUCUGGAGUCUUAUGACGGAUCUCCUAUGAGGGCACAUGCGGUAGAUGCUUAUUUUGGAAAGGGUCUGAUCUCCUCCUCGCCGAACUAUUCGCUGAUCUCGCCGCCGAUGUCGCCGACUGCAGAUUCGCCGCCGAUAUCGCCGGCUAGGCGUGGUUCGUGGCCGGUGGUGUCGCCGGUGAACGAGGUGUUGGCGUCGCUGAGGAAGCUGCAGUUGAGUAAGGUAAAAAAUGUUCCAUGUUCUUCUUGGGAUGGGAUGCAGGGAGGAGGGAGUGCGCUGAGGAUGAAACCAGGGUUCUGUAGCUUGCCAUCAACACCAACGAGGGCACUGGCUUCCGCUGCAGUUGCUAAAGGGGAAUCAAUGGGUUCUGAGGGGUUUAACGAGGGUGGAGAGCCGGUGGAGAGGGUUGAAUCCGGUAGAGCGCUUAGGGCUAAGAUGUACGAGAGGCUGAGCAGGGAGAGUGGGCUCGGCCAUGUUGAGGUCGGCUCAGCUCCUGAUAUCGGGUGGGUUUCGGAACUUGUGAAGUGGUGAAAGAUUAACCAGCGCUCCAGAGGGGUGCUAAAACGGGUAUUUGCAGCAAAACAUAGGAGUUCAUGAUUUUUUUUUUUUGAAUAUUUUCGAAAUAUUUUGAAGUUAUAAUUCAUUAGAAAAGGAUGUAAAUUUAUGAGAGUUUGGAGACUGAUGAUAAGAUAUUUAAAGCGAAGUAGUGUUUUGUGAAAUAUUCAUAUCGGAGAUCUAAUGAUGGGAGUGAGUGGCAGCAGAUCGAAGAUAGCAAAUGAAAUUUCGUAGCUUUCUCAUUGCAGCAAUUCUUAUUUCAGAAACUAUCUAACCGUCAUUUUUGGAACUGAAGCUUCCCAAGGUGUGGCUUACUAUUACCCUUGUAUUUUCGCUAUUUUAUUCUGUUCGGAGUUUUAAAUAUUGAUGUAAUCUGUAAAUUAUAUUGUAAAUUGUGUUGUUAUUGUAAUUUUUAUUGUUUGCA